CCACCAUUACCCCACAACACCCUGCACGGCAGUGACAGCAAUCACAGCAGCACCACUACCAGCAGCAAACAGCAGCAGCAUCAUCAUCAGCAGCAGCAGCACCGCCCCACACUGCACCGCACCGCCCCGAGCGUGACGCACUGCCUGCUCACCGCUUCGCCUGUUCGCUCGCUCGUUCCGCGAGGAGAGGAGAAAGGGGAGACGACGAGAAGCAUCAAGAUGGAGGAGGAACGCUGCGGUAUGAGACUCGCUCCCCCGCAACGCUCGACCGGCGCCGGGGCGUGCAGCCUCAACAGCCCUCUGAGCCCCUGCGAAGACGUGGCGGCGCUGGGGAGCCUGGAGACGAUGUGCAUCGGUGACAGCAAGUCCCGCGACAGCGGCAUCGGCGAGAUGGAGGAGCUGUCGGUGCCGCACAACAUCCAGAUCAGCAACAUCACGUGCGAUUCCUUCCGCAUCCGCUGGGACAUGGAGCCACGGGACCGGGAGCGCGUCACCCACUACUUCAUCGACCUCAACAAGAAGGAGAACAAGAACUCCAACAAGUUCAAGCACAAGGACGUGCCCACCAAACUGGUGGCCAAGGCAGUGCUGCUGCCCAUGACGGUGCGGGGCCACUGGUUCCUCAGCCCGCGCACCGAGUACACAGUGGCUGUGCAGACGGCCUGCAAGCAGCACGACGGGGACUACCUGGUGUCCGAGUGGAGCUCCAUCGUCGAGUUCUGCACCGCAGACUACUCCAAGGCGCACAUGGCACAGCUCCUGGAGAAGGCAGAGUCGGCGGCAGGCCGGAUGCUUCCCUUGACCGUCUUCUACCGGAACCAGAACAAGGAGUACUUUGACUUUGUGAGGGAGUCAUGCUCCAACGCCAUGCCGACCUCCGUGAAGGACAACAGUGGGAGCCACGGCUCUCCCAUCAGCGGCAAGCUGCACGGCGUCUUCAUGAGCUGCAACACGGAGUUUAACACGGGCCAGCCGCCGACCGACUCGCCCUACGGCCGCUACCGCUUCGAGGUGACGGCCGCCGAGCUCUUCAGCCCCAGCACAAACCUCUACUUCGCCGACUUCUACUGCAUGUACACGGCGUAUCACUACGUGGUGCUGGUGCUGGCUCCCGAGGGCUCGGAGGGCGACCUCUUCUGUCGCGAGCGCCUGCCGCUGCUCGACCCGGCCACCAACCGCUUCCUGACGCGGUCCGUGGCGCCGUGCGCUGCCGAGGGCGCCGAUGGGGAUGCCGGUGACGGCGAGGCGGUGUAUCACCAUGCACAGGACGUGAUAUUGGAGGUGAUCUACGCGGAGCCGCUGGACAUAGCCAGGGGCAAGCUGGGCCAGAUCAAAGGCCACCAGCUCAUGAGCCUGUCCACAGCCAACGCCAAGAAGGACCCCAGCUGCAAGAUCUGCAACAUCAGCGUGGGUCGGUAAGGCCAUUCCUGCCGGUGAGGCAGCCAGCCUGCCCGCCCGCCCGCCCGCCUGCCUGUCCUCUCCGUCCGGUUUCUCCAUCCGAUGCCCGCCCUGCUACUACCCGUCUCUCCAGAUUCAAGUGCGUCCGGCAUGAGGUGGCGACGAGGGCUCGAGUAGCGCCAGGUUUGUAGCCGUCAACAUCGUUGUUGUUAAAACGGGUUUUAACCUCUUGACGGUCACUCUGUGAAAUGCUCUCACCUGGUGGGAGUCUCCAGCCUGGUUAUAUUUGCCCGCACGACCAUUCUCUUUCCAACGAACACAACAAUCUUUUUUUUCCCACGACAGAUGAUACAAUGACAAAGGCAGGAGAACGUGGGUAGAAUCGAAGGUUUUCUCCGGGUCGCUGGGAGGGCUGUCAGAUGUAAAACCUGUAGAUUUAAGGCAUGGGGAUGUGAUUUUUGGUGUGAGGAUGUGGUUCAGACAUGGUGUGGUGACCGUUUUAGGGGCUGGUCAGUCGGUGGGUUUGUGGUGCGGUGCAUUCAGGCCGAGCGGGCACGGCUGUAGGACGAAAGUUGAUCUGGCUCUCGCGAGACAGCCACUAGGUGGCAUGCACCUCACGCGGAGAGGAUUUUUCCACCGCUCACAAGAGCCGGACACUGAUUUUUUUUUCCCAAUUUAAAUAACAUAAUUGUUAACCAAUGAUUAUUUAAACACUUAGGCACUUGCACAACAUCGUACUUUUACUUUUAAAUAUUAUAUAAUUUGCACACUUCUGUGGUUUGCAUUAUUCAGCUAUUUAAUAAGGCGAAGCGUAAAAGAUGUUUUUUUGUUCCAAAUGUUUAACAGUAUUGUAUUCGAACAAAUGAACGGUGAACUGUCCUUUAGCCUAUUAUAGUCAACAAAUAUUGGCUCAUAUCACUGAAAAGUGUAUUCAUCUAUGGCGCUUCACUAUUAUUUUUAAUGGAGGUUGAAUGUGUACUAGUAAAGUUCUGGAUAUUUUGGUUUCGUGGCAGGGUUUGAUGAAGUGCAUGAUGUUUUCUGUAAACACCUACAAAAAGAUGGCAAUCUACUAAACAUGCAGGACACACGCCUGUCACUGCCAGGGCUUAACAAUUACGGUGACCUCGUCCACCAUUAUAACACCUAUUUAAUCAAAAGAGCAUGCUUGUGAAGUUGGUCAGUUGCACACCAUAGAGAGUGUUGUACUGACUAACUCAGUAGUUAAGCACAGGAGCGUCUCUGCGUAUGUUACUAAAUGGAAAAAAAGAAGAGAUCUAAACAGAAAGUCCUGUUAAACAGUAGCGUUGAGAAGCAUGAAAGUUAUUUACAUCAUUGUUAAUCGGCAUUGCUAAAGUAUAAGAGCUUUACAUAUCAGAAUAUGGUCUAUCUAAAUGAAACUGUUUUAGCUUAUGUAAACUAUCGUAGUUUGGCUUCCGUUGUAGAAUAUUGCUUUGGAGACGUAGUUAAUGCUCAUAUCUCUGGGGGGGGG